UUGCUAUUCGCGCCGAACGCGCACUCUCCUCUCGCCUUUGAGCUACCGUGCAGUUGCCAUAAUCGUUGUUGCGAUGUCAAUCUCUGCAGCGUCCUUGCCACCUGCAACUUCAUGGGGACCCCGCAUCUUAUUCAGCCCGCCCCGUUUCUUCGAUCUACAUGGCGGUGGAGGUCAAACAUUUUCGAACCUCCACCUCCCACCACCACUAACCACACAACCAUGCCGCUGUACAAGAUCACGUCGCGCCGCCUGGCGCGCAAGGAGCGCGAGGAGGAGCUGGGCAUUUCGGAUCUCCGCGCCGAGAUGGGCGUCGUGAGCGACAGCGACGAGAGCGACUCGGAUGACUCGGACGAUGAUGAGGAAGAUGAGGACGAUGUUGAGGAAGACGAUGACGAGGACGCGGAAGGCGAAGGAGACGAUUCUGGAAACGAAGACAGCGAGGAGGGAUCUGAGGAGCCAAGCUCUAAGCGCAAGCGUGCGGACUCGGACUCGGACUCAGACUCUGAAGACGCCGACGAGGGCGCCGACGAGGUCGAGCAGCCCGCCUCGGGCUUCCCCAUUCCAGUGGAGGAGAUCGCCGAGCAGCCGCUGUACGGGAUCGCGGAGACCGACUUCCCCGUGUGCUGCGUCCUCUGUCCCGAGCGGGUAAUGAAGAACGCGCACAUGGCCGAGGAGCAUCUGGGGAGUGCCGCGCACACGCGCGCACUCAAGCGCUGGGAGCGGCAUAUUGCCGCGCACCCGCCCGCGCCGGGGGCGGAUCCGCGCGAGGUUGUCGAUGAGAUCAUGGAGGCGUUGAAGGGGGAGAAGGCGGGGAAGAAGGCCAGGCGGGAAAAGCGGGCUGCAGAGGCUGCUGCUGGGGAGGAGGAGGCGGAGGAGGCGGAUGAGGUGGAAGCUGAAACGGACAAGGCGAAGGGCAAGGAGGCAGCUAAGAAGGAGGGCAAGAGGGGCAAGGAAGGCAAGGCCGAGAGCCAAGGCAGGAACAAGCCUGACGCGCCGAAACUCAACCGCCGCCAGCGCCGCGAGCUCGAGCGUGCGCAGAAGGGCAAGCCCGUGCCUCAGCCGGUGGGGAAGCAGAGUGCGGCUGCCGCGCGGCGGGCGGCGCAGCGCGAGGCGCGUUUGCGGAGGCAGAGCGAGGGCAGCGGGCGCGCCGAGCGACGGGCGGAGGACCAGGCGGCCAAGAAGGACACCAAGGGGGAGAAGCGGGACAAGAAGCGCGCGCGCAAGAGUGUUCCGUAGACUGUUGAUGCCACGACUUGUACGCUACAGCCAGUCAGGACAUCGACAGACUACUGCAUUGCUUAUCUAUAUCAGGUCACGGCUCGGCGUGCGGUCGCUCCGCGCCGCGCCUAGUA